GGUGACUACUGUGGUGACGGUUGCAGCCGCCCGGAACUCGGGCACUUGUCGGACGACAUGAUUCGGCCAAAUUUCUUCUUCGCGAAUCACGACAGCAGCCUGGACUGAUGAAAAGCCGACAACCAAAAGCAAAACGAAUUUUAAUGAUUGCCUUGUGUCCACGUGUGUUUACUGACCUUACCCAAUCGAAAAAACAAUGGGUAAGCAGGUGCCCCAUGCACGUGUUUCUUUUUCCACUAGGACGAAAUCGGGUCUUAUCUAGCAAUGAACUUGGAGGAAGUGUGUCCUUUGACGACUCUUCUGCCUAUUCUUACGCAUGACCCUUAAGAUGGUCGCGUAGAUAAUGCUGUGGUUCAGGGUCUCCAGUUUUAUCAUUUGCGUUCCACGUGUGCUGCUUUACGAAAGCAGGAUGGAAUGUCACCCUGACCACAGUCAACGACAUAAAGGUUAAACAUUGAAAAAGAAAGCAAGCUACUAAGUUUUUAGAUUAUUUCACAUUAAUUACAAUGUGGCGUAAUUAAAUUUGGGCUCACAUCAGUAUUAGUUAAAGGAUGAUGUAAUCAACUUUCUUAAGUAUUUUUUCCUCAAAUAUCAAACAGUUUGUAUCCUUAUACAAUCUUUUUUCCAAGAAACUAAAAAGUCGGUAUAGACUAUACUUAUAUUCGUGGAUUGCUGUAAAAUCCUGUCCACAUCGCCUAAAGACGAUUGAUGUCUAAUAGUCACUCCUCAUUAACUCAGCUAUGUUGACUCAGUAGAAGCGUUUGAGAUGUUCCUGAAUUUCAUUAAAUGCUCCGUGCGCAAAGAGUAUUUAGGAACCAAUAAGGCAGAAAGCACAUUACUAUGAUGCCUCCCAGCUGCGUCCUUUUACCUCGGUACGUUAAAUAUAUUUGGCCAACAAAAGGACUUGUUCGCUUCUGCGCAGCUUCCCGUCCGCUGUAAACGUCACCCUCGUUGCCUAUGUAAACGCUCAGACGUGAGCGUGAAAUCAGCCAAUGUGCAGUUGAUUUAGAAAGGAGCUUGUCACGAAAGGGAAAAUAUUUUGGAAAAUUGAUUCCAAUUUUUCUAACCUGCUCUUCCGGGACGACAACAUUUUCCUUUUUCUGCUGCACCAACAACAUUUCAAAACUAAGAUCCAUGGAAAAUUUGAUGCUUGGAAUUGGCGUUGAAGGCAGUGGAAUCGAAUUUUCAAAUAAUCCGGACCUUCUAAUUUCGCUGGAUCCUCAAUGCGGCCAGUGUAACGAUUCACGUGAUGCCGGUUUGUCUCUACUUGCAAACCGUACCUCCGAGGAAGAUGAUUGCAAGACCAACUACUCUAGUCCGCAUUUUACAAUGCAGCACAUCGUGUCAAUAGUGGUUCCCGUUAUUUUCGGAGUCAUUGCCAUACUUGGUUUCAUUGGAAACGCUCUUGUUGUGGUGGUGGUUGUCGCCAAUCAGCAGAUGCGUAGCACAACGAACCUACUCAUCAUCAAUUUAGCACUGGCUGACCUUUUGUUUAUUGUGUUUUGCGUUCCCUUCACCGCCUCCGAUUACGCUUUGCCAUUUUGGCCCUUUGGCGAAGUUUGGUGCAAAAUUGUACAAUAUCUGGUUAUCGUUACCGCGUACGCCAGCGUGUAUACCCUAGUUCUGAUGUCACUUGACCGUUAUUUAGCUGUCGUUCAUCCAUUCACGUCCAAGUCUAUUCGAACGAAAGCAAACACUUUUUGGGCCAUUGCCGUCACCUGGGUAGUUAUAUUUGCGGCGUGUGUUCCAUUACUCAUGGCACACGGACAAGUUGUUUACGUCUUUGAUGACGAACAAUAUUCUUUAUGCCAGUUUUUGCAAAAGGAAGGAUGGAGUCAGUACGUUUUUCAGAGCACUUUCUUUGCAACAUCUUACGCCAUCCCACUGCUGCUAAUUUGCGCGUUGUACAUCAGCAUGCUUUUACGAUUGUGGAGAAAGGAAGCGCCAGUAGGACGUGCUUCGGCUGAAAUCCAACGCGGUAAGAAAUUACGUGUUACCCGCAUGGUAUGCAUAGUAGUUGGCAGUUUCGCUUUGUGUUGGUUUCCCAUUCAACUAUUUCUCGUUUUGAAAAGUUUGGCCUUGUUUGAAAUCACACCUUUCACUGUUAUGAUACAAAUCAGUUCCCACAUAUUGGCCUAUAUGAGUUCCUGUGUAAAUCCUUUUCUGUAUGCGUUUAUAUCUGAUAAUUUUCGGAAAGCCUUCCGUAAAAUUGUUUUCUGCCCAAGAAAAGAUUGAUGCUGGAAAUGUCCCUCACGAGUAAUGUAAUACAUGGUGGUAGAAAUACAUUGC